GUGCCUCCGUUCCCAUUGGCAACCCGCGGCUUCUAAACAACCUACUUCGCUCAGGCCGGAGCUCAGGCCUUCCUGUUUCCUGUGGGAUCCCGCUACCGCCAUGGCAGAGUUGGGCCUAAAUGAGCACCAUCAAAAUGAGAUUAUUAAUUACAUGCGUUUUGCUCGUUCAAAAAGAGGCUUGAGACUUAAAACAGUAGAUUCCUGCUUUGAAGACCUCAAGGAGAGCAGGCUGGUGGAGGAGACUUUCACCAUGGAUGAGGUCACAGAAGUCCUGAAUGGGCUGCAGGCUGUGGUACACAGUGAAGUGGAGUCUGAGCUCAUCAAUACAGCCUACACCAAUGUGCUACUCCUGCGGCAGCUGUUCUCACAAGCUGAGAAGUGGUACCUAAAGCUACAGAUGGACAUCUCUGAACUUGAAAACAGAGAAUUAUUAGAACAAGUUGCUGAAUUUGAAAAGGCAGAAUUUAUAUCUUCAAAUAAAAAGCCCAUCAUAGACAUCACAAAGCCUAAACUUGUUCCAAUUAAUGAAGGCGGAACAACAGAACUGCUAAACAAGGAAAUUUUAAGACUUCAACAAGAGAAUGAGAAAUUAAAGUCAAGACUGAAGACCAUUGAAAUACAGGCUACAAAUGCUUUGGAUGAGAAGUCAAAAUUAGAAAGAACACUUCAAGAUUUACAGCUUGAUCAAGGAAAUCAACAGGAUUUUAUAAAGGCCCAUGACCUGGAUGACUUGGAAAACACAGUUGCAGCUCUUAAGAAUGAAUUUCAGAAAACACUUAAUGACAAGACAGAAAACCAAAAGUCUUUGGAGGAGAACCUAGAAGCAGCCAAACAUGACCUUCUCAGAGUACAGGAGCAGCUGAGCAUGGCUGAAAAGGAGUUAGAAAAGAAAUUUCAACAAACAGCAGCUUAUCGAAACAUGAAAGAGAUUCUCACCAAAAAGAAUGACCAAAUCAAAGAUCUACGGAAAAGACUGGCAAAAUAUGAAUCUGAAGAUUAAAGACUGAAAGGUUUUGUCCAGAACCUGCUACACAUGAACAUACAAGUUAUCUCCAUCCACCUCAGGCAUGUAUUUUGAAGCAUUUUGUCAUGUUCUCUCCUUUAUCUAAUGUUUAGACUUUGCUUGUAAUAUUAGAAUUAGUAUUUUAUCUUCAGUUCUCAAAAUGAGAAGAGAAAAAACAUGUAAUAAUUCUUUUUUGUUGUCCCAAACACCUGUCUGUCAAGUGCUCCAGUCUCCAUGCAAGUACAAUGAGAUUUCUUCUUGGUAGGAAAGAGUUUAGAGUGGGAAUAAGAGCCAGCCUUUUGUAUUAGUAAGAAGAGUGGACCUUUUAAUGUUAGAUAAGCCGGUACCAUCAAUACUUGUACAGUCUCUGAAUGUAAAGAUACAUAGUAAAGUUAUUAAGUUUACAAAUAAAUCUCCUAUUUUUAAUAAUGAAAUCCUAAUUUAUUCUAUCUGAUAAUCAAAAUGUAUAAACUCAUGGAAAAUGUUUACUGUCUUCUAUAGUCAGCAUUUUUAAUCAUUUAUAAGAGAAAGCAAGCUACAGUGAAUGAAGACUCAGUUAACCUUUACAUCUCUAUUAUGAGUGCUGCUUAUCAAAGGAGAUGCAGUCAUUUUUUGCAUCCUGACUUCUUAUGGGUCUGUGUUAAGGAUGGAGAAGUCAUAUUCAUCCUAUGCUUUCAUAGUUUAGAAAGCAGAUGGACUCAGAGUACAUGCAGUCUCUAGACUUAUUUCCAGAAUAUCUGUUUAGCCUAUAUGUGAAUUAAAACUCUUUCAAACUUUGACUCACUCAACAUCAAGUCAGUGACUAGAUUCCAGGUUGGACUUUGGGUUGUGGUUUGUAUAUGUAUAGAGUAAUGGCAUUUUCAAGAGAUUUUAAUAUUUUUAUUGGUGUGCUUUUCCUUUGCUGAUCAUAUAUAAAAGAUUAGAAACAGGACACAUACCUACAAUAUGUGGUGCGGUGAUGUGGUAUGUGAAUAAAUAAAACUCACAAGGCAGUUAAACCUCAGAAAGAAAGCAUUUACCCUUCACAUGUUAACAUGAAAGAAGUUUCCCCAUUUGUCAAAGCAAACAUGUCUCAUCCUGUGUGAACAAUCUGAGAGAGACUCCUCCACCUCCACAAAUAGGGAACUUGCUCCCAGAAAAAGAGUGCACUGAUCAGAGUUUACAUCUGAUUAUUUGAGUUAUUUUCACUCAAACUUUUAGUAUUAGCUUUGAAUGUACUGUGGGGUUUCUGUAGGCUUUGUUAAAAUACUAAAGGAACAAAUAAUAGUGAGGUAAUUUCUCCCUAAAAAAACAGGGAAGGCAAUCUUAGAUGAAUGAA